AUGCAGCGAGAUUCUUUUCACAAGAACGGCGCGGAGGAGUAUGUAGCAGCGACAACGGAAGCGCCGUACCGAGACGUUGACCAGCAAAAGCUCAGACGGAUCGCCGACCAAUGCCUAGUGGAUAUCGGCGCCAAGUAUGAAGAGGACCUUAUCGUCAAGACGAGCGGUGUUUACCUGACCAGCGCCAAUGGCCACAAAGUGAUGGACUGGACGUCUGGCCAGAUGUCCUCCUUGAUCGGCCACAACCACCCUGAGAUCGCCCAGGUCAUCACCAGCCAUGCUCUAUACCUCGACCACUUAUUCUCCGGCAUGCUCUCUCCGCCUGUCAUCUAUCUUGCCCAGCGUCUCACCUCGUUGCUCCCGCCGGGCCUUGACAAAGCAUUCUUCUUAUCCACGGGAGCUGAGUCAAACGAGGCGGCCAUCAAGAUGGCCAAACUCUUCACGGGAAAAUUCGAGGUAGUGGGCCUGGGUGCCUCUUGGCACGGUAUGACGAGCCAGGCGAUCGGUGUGCAGUAUCAUUAUGGACGAAAAGGUCAGGGACCCAUGAUGCCAGGUAUGCAUAUGCUGCCCGCACCCAACGCAUACCGUUCGGUUUUCCGCCACCCGGAUGGGUCAUACGACUGGGAGACAGAGCUCAAUUACGGAUGGGACCUGAUUGAUCGCGCCUCUUGUGGUUCCUUGGCUGCCUGUAUUGUCGAAUGUGUCCAAUCGUCGGGUGGUAUGCACGUGUUACCUGACGGCUACCUCAAGUCUUUGAAGAAGCAUUGCGAGAAGCGUGGCAUGUUGCUCAUUGUGGACGAAGCUCAGACUGGUGUGGGCCGCUGUGGCAAAUUUUGUGCAUUUGAGUAUGGGGAGAUUGUUCCGGACAUUCUGACCCUGAGUAAAACACUCGGCAGUGGUCUUGCAUUAUCUGCUGUGGUGACCAGCAACGAGAUUGAGCGCAGCUGUGCCGCACGUGAUUUCCUCUUCGUCACAACACAUGUCAACGAUCCUCUUCCCGCUGCUGUGGGCAACAAAUUGCUAGAAGUCGUCGUGCGAGAUCGGUUAGUGGAGAACGCUGCAGAAGUCGGAGAGCAUCUGAUGGGAGGCCUAUGCAAACUGCAGGCGCAGUAUGGAUGCAUUGGCGAUGUCCGGGGACGAGGACUUAUGUGUGGUAUUGAGAUCGUGACAGAUCGACAGACUAAGACUUUGGACUUGCGGAUGGCGAAAAAGCUGGCUCAAAAGAUGUAUGAUUUGGGGCUUUGGGCAAACUUGGCGAGUCAUGCAAGUUUCGGAGGUGUCUUCAGAAUUUGUCCUCCCAUCGUGUCCACCAAGGCCCAAAUAGAUGAUGGCCUUCGGAUCAUGCAGCGUGCCUUUGCGGCCACUGAGGGGACGCAACCGCUGUGCGAGCCCGUAUCUCAAAAAGGGCCGAUAUAG